UGCUUUCGUUUCACCUUGUGGGGGAGGGUACGGCUACACAUAGGCUACUGAAAUAGUAAAUGGAGUGUCAAGUCCGGUUGGUCAUGACUUCCCAGCGGUUGCAAGUUUUUCGAGGAAUACUGAGGGAGUUGCGACAUCUUUUGCCAUUUAAGGAACCUGUUACUUCAAGUUUGGAAGGCCAGUAUCUGAUAACAGAGUUUCAUAAUUAUUCCCAGGCUGGAGAAGCUUUAGCACAGAAGCUCUACUUUGAUUGUGUGUAUUAUCUUUGCUUACUUAGAAGUCAAAGAAUGGCUCAGAUGCUUCAUGAAAAAUACAAGGGGGUGGGGGAGAGGCCAGUGGAAGAAGUGGCAAGCUUAGUGGGUUUUAAGCUUCCAAAGCAAUAUCGAGAACCUUCAAAUGAUUCAAAUGAAAAAUGAUAUUAUUGGUUUGCAUGUGGCAAGGAUUCAAGACAAGUGCUGGUGUGAUAGGAGGGCAUACCACAUACACACUGGUGUGGUACAGUUAGAGUGGAGGUGGAUUCAAUGUAUAAAAGAGGAUUGACUAUAGAUUGUGGAAGCUUUUGGUGAAAGUACCAGUAACAAUUGUUUGCAUGAUGAAAAUCGCUGUGGCACUUCAACUGAAGUAUUGAAAACAUUUAGUACUGAAACCACUAACUUCUAGGCCACUAGGUAUCUAAGCUCUCAAGAAGACCUGCAAUAUGUAGGAGAAGUAUGCUUCAAAAAAUUAGGCAACUUUUAUAUCAACCAUUACAAAGUAUUAUCACAUGACUUUAUAAAAUUGGCCACAUUCUUAGAUUUGUAGAGUAACUUAACAUUUCAAAACCUGUCUCCACUUUUGCCCAAUAUUGGACUUCCAUGCUGCCUUUUGUAUCCCUCCUUUUUUCCCCAUCCUUAGGCAAUCUGUUUGAACUAUCAGGAGCAGCUACAGAAAUAACAAAAUGUUCCUUUAUCUAAUAACCAGUGCAGCUGUGGUUUGUGAAUUAAAUAGGGUCUUGUUUCCCAUUUUUUGAAAUGGGGCUGUCCAUUGUCAAAUUCUCAGCACCUUGGAAAACAAUUUUGGAACAAUCAGGCUACUUUUUGGGAUCUCAAAUGUAGUGCACAUUGAAUAUCUAUACUUUUUUUAAGGGCCAAGAUGAAAAUUACCAGUUGAACACACCUCUCCUUUAACCCUUUCUUUUUUAACUGAUUGAAGUAAUGGAGUGGAAGCUGGACACAGAAAUGUGGUAACACAUUGUUUUGAAAUGGAGUCUUUGCAUUUCCAGUGUAAUAGUCUUCAAAAUUAGGGUUCAAAGGUUCCUGUAUUGAACAAUCAUCUAGAAAUACUUUGUAAGAUAGUCAAAACCCUGGUAACCCCUUCUUUUACCCCAAAAAGAAUUAUGUUUCUCUGAAUAAUAUCACCCACACUUAUUUGAGUUAGUUUAAAACCUUUAUUUUAACUCAAGCUUUCCUGGUGUUACAAAAAGCAUACCUCUACAUCAUAACAAUAAUUAUUACUGCUCAUCAGGCACGUUGUAAUUGACCAUUGGAAUAAAAAGGCAACAUGCUGAUAUGCUGUUAAUUAUCAACUUCUAUUAAUACCUAGCUGGAAAACUAUUAGAAUUAAAUUUUGCGUAACAAGACUUAAAUUUUACUGCUUCAGCUCUAUACUUAGUUAGCAACUUAUUUAAUAAUUACAAUGACUAACCAAUCUCAUCCUGACCAGCAAACCUAUGGUGCUUGAAGCACAACAAAAUCAGGUGAGAAUUACAAAAUAAUUCUCCCAUAUCUCUGGAACAUAAAUUCCAUUCAAAAAAAUCAUUUAAAUUGAUUCUCUACACAAUAAGCUACCAGCACUUAUUUUCAAUAUUUUGUUCUACUUGUGGAAGUAGUUUCUACAAAGAAUCACAAGUGAAAUGAGACUUUUAAAGCAUAAUUGAUUACCAGCUACUUUACAACUUGUCUCAAUACUUAAUUAACCCUUUAACUUCCAGAAGUGAUUGUCAAGUAACUUCUCCUUAUAAUAUCCAUACAUUAUCCACCAAACAGGUAAUGGUAAUUCACAAAAUUAUCAGUCAAAAGUUAUCUUCAUCUAACAGAGUUGUGACAGCUAGAGGAGAGAAUUGACCAUCAGAUCUUUAGAGUUAAAAAGUAAUUUGAUCACAUUUUCUACAAUUUCAUUUCUUUGAAGUACACGAGAACCUGGCCUCUGGCAACACCUUGGGAAUAGUAAACAGGUGACAGGCAAACAACCACAUGAAUUUAAAAAGGAACUGACAAGACAAUGUAACAGUUAGAAUUCCAAUAACUACAUGUGGACAAUUAAAUCUACAUGUACAUAAUCAA